AUGAGCCCCUUCCGCAUUGUUUUUGGGAAACCUUAUCAUCUUUCGGUUGAGAUCCAACAUAGAGCCUAUUGGGUAGUGAAGAUUUGCAAUCCGGAUUUAAAAGGGGCGGGAUUGGAAUGUAAGCUCCAAUUGGACGAGUUAGAAUGCCUUAGGUUGGAAGCAUAUGAGAAUGCUCGAUUCUACAAGGAAAAAGCUAAGGCAUUCCAUCACCAAAAUAUCAGGAGGAAAAACUUCAAAAUAGGUGAUGAAGUGCUUGUGUAUAAAUCGAGGUUGCAAUUGAUGCCUAGUAAAUUAAGAUCCAGAUGGGAUGGGCCAUUUAGAGUGGUAGAUGUCAAACCUUAUGGAGUGGUGGAGGUGAUUCACCAUACCAGUGGAGUUAAGUUUAAGGUUAACGGUCAUAGAGUGAAGCUGUACCAUGCUCAACCAAAGAAUACCAAGGAGUUGGAGAUUUUCCUCCUUGGGGAAGUUCUAAGUGACCAAUGA